GGUGGCGCUGCGGGGCGGGUCGACAGACUGCGGGGCGGACGGUGGACGCGGUUAAGCUCAGGUCCCACCGAUCCGACCCCUUGCUGUCGCUGCUGCCAUGACGGGGCUGGAGUUGCUCUACCUCGGGAUCUUUGUGGCCUUCUGGGCCUGCAUGAUCGUCGUGGGAAUCUGCUACACUAUCUUUGACCUGGGCUUUCGCUUUGAUGUGGCAUGGUUCCUGACGGAGACUUCCCCCUUCAUGUGGUCCAAUCUAGGCAUUGGCCUAGCAAUUUCUCUGUCUGUGGUUGGAGCAGCCUGGGGAAUCUAUAUUACCGGCUCUUCUAUCAUUGGGGGUGGGGUGAAAGCCCCCCGAAUCAAAACCAAGAACUUGGUUAGCAUUAUCUUCUGUGAAGCAGUGGCCAUCUAUGGCAUCAUCAUGGCAAUUGUCAUCAGCAACAUGGCUGAGCCUUUCAGUGCUACUGACCCCAAGGCCAUUGGCCAUCGAAACUACCAUGCAGGCUACUCCAUGUUUGGGGCUGGCCUCACAGUCGGUCUGUCCAACCUCUUCUGUGGAGUCUGCGUGGGCAUCGUGGGCAGUGGGGCCGCCCUGGCCGAUGCGCAGAACCCCAGUCUCUUUGUAAAAAUUCUCAUCGUGGAGAUCUUUGGCAGUGCCAUUGGCCUCUUUGGGGUCAUUGUCGCGAUCCUUCAGGUGCGAAUCCCCCUAGGGACCUAUGGCUUCUUUGCCCUUGGCUGCAGCCCUGCUUUACUCUGCUCAGAGGAACAGAAGUGCCUCCCUUCUUUACCCAAGCCAUGUCCCGUCUCUUGUCCCCCUUGUCUGCUGCUUUAUAUGCACUGUCCCUCCUUUAGUCCAUUUGCAUCUCUUUCCUCUGCUGUCUCUGAAAAUGUCGUCUUUGUGGCAUUUCUCUCUCAGGGUCUGUGUUAGUAUGUGUAUGACAUGCUUGUCAGUAGAAUAGCAUAUCUAAAUUCCUGUUUUGUCAGUGUGUGAGUUUGUGACUGAGAGACUGGCCUAAAGGUCUAAAUGUGAUUUAGGGUGCUUGACUGGGUUGACUCUUGGGGACACUGGUACUGUCUCUGGGGACGUUUUUUCUUUGUUGUACAGCUGAACUCCUUUGUUACUAUCCAUGUCUGUCUGUCAUAGUGUCUGUCCUUGUUUGGUCAUCCAUCUGUGGUCUGUCUGUCCUCCCACUGGCUUACUGGUUCUGAUCUUGCCACUGGUCACUGUCCCUGCCUG